AUGGAUUUCUUGGAUAAGUUUGUGUUGGCCUUCAUCAAUGACAUCCUCAUCUACUCAAUGGGUGAAGAAGAACACAAGGAACACCUUAGAGCAGUUUUGCAAAGGCUCUGCGACCAUCAAUUAUAUGCAAAGUUCAGCAAAUGUGAGUUUUGGCUCAAGCAAGUUGGAUUUUUAGGGCAUGUUCUUUCAGCAGAAGGGAUAGCCGUGGAUCCAAGUAAGGUGAAGGACGUGCUUGAUUGGACGGCACCCACGACAGUAUCCGAGAUCCGAAGUUUCCUUCGAUUAGCCGGAUACUACCGUCGUUUCAUCGAAGGAUUCUCUAAGAUAGCCAAGCCAAUGAAAGAGCUCCUCAAGAAAGAUAAGAAGUUUGAAUGGAUGGAGGAUUGUGAGAAGAGCUUCAAUAGACUGACAACAGCAUCCUUGUUGACUCUUCCAGACAUCUACCGCAACUUUGAUAUGGCUCCAGUUCUGUACCCGUACCAGUCUGAGCCAGCACCUUUCACUUCUCACCUUCUGUGUAAUGUGUGGCUUCGAAUCUACCCCGACGGUGAUGACCCGGUGUACCAGGUGUACCAGGAGCAGUUUGCAGACUCGAUGAAUGAGUAG